AUGCCUCCCCAACUGGCUGAUGCUAAAGUAGCCAAUUUGAUUGAUCAGGGAGCUGGAACAUGGGACUAUCAUUUGCUUACUGAUAUUUUUGAGCCUAAUGAUGUGAUAAGGAUUGUAAAGAUACCGAUCUCCCAGGAAUAUGAAGAUUUGUGGUAUUGGCAUGGGGACCCAAAUGGUUGCUAUUCUGUUAAGAAUGGGUACAGGCAUAUUGUGGGAAAUUAUGAGAACAAUAUGAAUAUGGGGUUUAAUAAAUGGCUCACUUUAGGGAAGCAAAAAAUACCACCCAAGUGGAGGACUUUUUUAUGGAAAGCCAUAAGUGAUAUCCUCCCCACUACCAUCAACUUGCGUAUUAAAAGGGUGGAUGUUAGCCCAGUGUGUGCCGUGUGUGGUGUGGAAAAUGAGGAUGUUAUGCAUGCAUUGGUUUUGUGUGAUUAUGCAAAAACCAUUUGGGCACAAUCUAACCUACCAUUACCGAGCAUUAUGAAAAAUAUUUUUUAUGAGUGGUUUGAUGAAUUGUUGAAUAUUCUAGACUCUGAUGGAAUUCUCUACGCAGCUGCAAUAUUAUAUUAUCUAUGGAGAGCCCAGAACGAAGCGGUAUGGGAUGCGUGUGUAACUCACCCGAGGAGGACGUUGGCUGCAGUCCGUGUAGCUGUCACUGCAUGGCGCCAAGUCCACGCCGUUACGCCAAGUGCUACUGCCCCAUCUAUUGCUGUUGCGCCCCAAGGAGCAGUAACCCCUAUUGCCAUACGGCAGCAACCGCGCCAGCCUGGUCUCCAACGCCAACACAGCAAGUGUUACAUAGACGCAGCCUACCACGGUGUUUCCGACGUAGCGACUGUGGGAGCGGUGCUUAUAGGAGAGGACGGACACUUUAUCUCAGCAUUUGCCGCGCCAUUACCACAUUGUACUCCCCUUUAA